GAUUUUAGCUAGGGUGUCCUCUGUUGCCGUUGUUGCCAGUAUACGCCGCGAGACAUCCUAGUGUGAGUGAAUUUGUUAAAAUAACGGCGAAGAAUAAAUAAUUAAACUAUUGUUUGUUGAGUAGCCGUAAUAAUAGUAGUGCCAAGACGACAAAGAUGUCGAAGGAGGAGAAGGAAACAAUCAUCCCUGAUCCCAUCUACGACAGUAAAACCGGCAAGACUUACAUCAAAGGCCGUUUCUUUGGCAAGGGUGGAUUUGCAAAAUGUUAUGAAAUUCGAGAUUCUCAAACACAUGAUGUGUUUGCUGGAAAAAUUGUACCAAAAUCAUUGAUGACAAAGAGCACACAAAGAGAGAAAAUGACCCAAGAAAUUGCAAUACAUAGGAGCUUGGAUCAUAAAAAUGUUGUUGGUUUUUAUGGAUUUUUUGAUGACAAUUAUAAUGUUUAUAUUAUCCUUGAAUUAUGUAGGAAAAGGUCUAUGAUGGAGCUACAUAAGAGAAGAAAAGCUUUGACUCAAUAUGAGACUAGGUACUACAUGAAACAAAUCUUAAAUGGAGUAGAAUACUUGCAUGAUCAUAGGAUAAUCCAUAGAGAUUUGAAGCUGGGAAAUUUGUUUCUCAAUGAUGAUAUACAAGUGAAGAUUGGAGAUUUUGGUUUGGCUACCAAACUUGAACAUGAAGGAGAAAGAAAAAAAACGCUAUGUGGCACUCCAAAUUAUAUAGCGCCAGAAAUUUUAACAAAAGUUGGUCAUUCUUAUGAGGUAGAUAUUUGGAGUAUUGGAUGUAUCAUGUACACACUGCUGGUCGGCAAACCACCAUUUGAAACAUCAAGCUUGAAGGAAACUUAUACUAGAAUAAAGCUAUGUAAUUAUGAAGUCCCGUCACACAUGGUGAACACUCCUGCCAUGAACAUGAUUUCUAACAUGUUGCAAGGAAAUCCUUCUAAACGGCCUCCUAUUAAGAAAUUACUCAAGGAUCCUUUCUUUACUUCUGGUUUUAUGCCAUCAAGCUUACCAGUUUCUUGUCUUACAAUGGCUCCACGUCUUGAUAUGCUAAAGACACACAACCGAAAACCUUUGUCAGAGAUGGACCUGAACAAUAGUCCGAAAAUUGAAGAUGUUACUGAUAAAAAUCAGCUAAGUUUAAGAAAGACAAUCAAACAAAAUGACCAGAAUGUCAUACAUAAGACUGAUCAGUAUAUCGAUAACAGUCUUAGAACUCUUAAGAAGCAAUUAGCAUCGGUACUCAAGUCUAAACCGGAAAAAGAAAUGUCUUGUUCAGAUGAAAUGACCGAUCCAGAUGCUCAGCCAUUUGUCUGGGUGAGCAAGUGGGUGGACUAUUCAGACAAGUAUGGUUUUGGCUACCAAUUGUCGGAUGACGGUGUUGGUGUAAUGUACAACGAUGGCACUCGUCUUAUAAUGCUUUCCAACACCUUUAAUAUUCAAUACGUCGACCGUAAUGGCGAAGAAUUUUAUUAUUCGACCAAGGAUUAUCCACGACCUCUCGAAAAAAAGAUGAAGUUACUUAAUUUCUUCUUGCGUUACAUGAACGAUCAUCUGAUGAAAGCUGGCGGAUCCGUUGCUAUCAAGCAGAGCGAUUCACUGUCAAGACCACCUUAUUUGCAUCAGUGGUUCAGGACGCAAACUGCUGUUGUUAUGUUGUUGACUAAUGGAUCGCUGCAGAUCAAUUUUCAAGAUCACACGAAAAUCAUUUUAUGCCCAUUGAUGGCUGCCGUCACCUACAUCGAUCAAGCAAAGAACUUUAGGACAUAUAGGUUCAAAACGAUCGAGAGUUACGGCUGUUGGCCUGUUCUCGCCAAAUACCUUAGCUACGCCCACGACAAAGUUACCCUAUUGACAUCCAAAUCGUUCAAUCGUGUGAUGCCAGUCACUUCAGAAAAGUAAAAAUCAUUUAGAUCUCUGAAAAAAUGCGAAUUUCUACAUCGACAAUGAACAUUUGCAAGUCGCAGCGUAAACACUCUUUUUCAAAAAGAUAUCUAACUGCAUAGUUAGACACCUAAUGAGCUGUCAAAUUUGACCUUUAAAUAAGUCUAUCGAUAGCUUUUUCUAAAGAAUUUAUUUUUUUCAUUUUUAUACUUGAGAGACAGCAUCAACAAGUUAAGUUUUCGUGAAAACAAAAAAUACAGCCUUUACAUUUUAUUUAUUUAUAGUUUCGAGCCAUUUUAAUCUGUAUUGUGAAAAGGAGAUAAUUUACUUGAAUUUUAUGCUCAUUUAAGAUUUUAAUAUAAGCAAGAUUCAAACUUUUAAUUUUAAACGCUUUUUUUACUUGUACUUAUUUUGUUUUUAUAACGCCAUAACCCUGCCUUUCAAAUGUCUUAAUUUCUGCACCAUUGAUUCUCAUGUAUUUGAAAGAGUUUAAUAGAAAAUAAAAAUCGAUAGUGCGAUCAUUUUGGAGUUGUGCAAUCAAUGGCCAAAUGUAAAUGACUAUUGAACACUGCCAUAGCAGGGAAAGCUAGUAAAACUAUUGCUUUCGAUUUCUAUGUCACGAUUGUACAAAAAAAAGGGUUGGCCACAAAAUUUCGGUUUCAAAUUAACGAGUUUUCAUUUUCCGUGGAUUGACUGAUAUCUUGACGAAAAGAAUAAAAUGUAAUAAACAAUGCCAUCGUUGAAGUAUAGCACAAUCAGUGAUAAUACUUAUUUACAUUGAAUGAAGGUGUAAGAUUUUUAAAUAUUAUUUAUGACUGCAUUUUAGCUCGAUUCAACUUGAAGCGAGCUUUUUGAGUGAAAAAGAAAAAAUUUUAAUUUUCAGGGAUAAUACAUAAUGUUUUAUUUAGGAAAAUAAUGCUUAUAAAGAUUAUCAUUUUAUUUUGUACAUACAUUGCCAUAUCACUUUUUUUUAAGUACAAGUUAAAUUUUUAUCAGUCUCAAAAAUGUUAAGGUUCAAUCAUCUGCUAAGUAAAAUGCUGAAUUAUCAGUUAGUAAUAAAUUCUUUUCUCAACUAUUGCAAUUAUUCAUUUGUAAACAAAAUUUCUGUCCUAGAAUUAAUUAAAAAAAAAUCUGUGAAAACUUAAAUUUUAGUCACUCGAUACUUUUAUUGUUAAAUAUGUACUAAUUUUUACUUUCGAAUCAUAAUU